AUGGCACCCCGAAACAUAUACAGCUGGGUCGAAGAUCUCCGCGGACCACUCAAAUCUCCCUACUCCGACGACGACGAUAUAUCUACCAGCAUGGGCGAAGAAGAAGCCGAGCGAGAGUGGCAAUCAGCCAAGGCGAGGGCAACGCUGGAAGGCAAAUACUUGUCUUUCGCGGAUGCCCACGCGGAUGUCAAUGAUCCUUGGAAAAUCGGCGAUGACGAGGAGUCUGAUGAUGAUAAGAAGCGAAGCAUGGAGGCGAGAGAGGAUUGCCGACCUGAGGUGGCCCCGGAGCCUCUGAGACCGAACCGGAGCGAUACUACGAAGGUACACAAGUUGCAUGAGAUCGCGGAGCCCGUAGGCAAUGAGGAGACGCAGAAUUGGUCGAAGGCACCCUCGGCGACGAUAAAACCGAGUGAGAGCAUCGAGGACCUGCAAAAGACGUCAAACGCCAGGACAAACUCGGCUGAUCACAGUCGAAGUCCCACCGAGAAGCCCCUUUCACAGGCGUGGACCUUGACACCCAGCGAUGUGCCAUAUCGGCCUUCCCGGCUGAUCAAUCGCGAUUCUCAGAAGACUACUGUGUCGAAUGAGCGCGGGUCUGAAUCAGCGCCUAUUGCGAGCAUGCUGGGCAGCCCAUACCGGUCAGUGAAGGAUGUCAGCGACGUUGAGAGCGUGCACACAGGCUUCGAGGCAACGGCAGCAGAGCUGGUGACAAGACCGUCAUCAGUAUACCAGCCCAACCGCAACAGAGACACAAUCCAGCCGGGCGACUCGAUCAGCUGCGCCCCAUCCAGAGAACCUACUUUGAUCCCCUCUCGAAGGUCCACAGCAGGUGUCUCGGUUGGUGACAGAAUCUCCUACCCACCACAACUCCCUCCGACACUUCACACCAGCCCUCGCACCUCGAGAGACCCCUUGCCGCGGUACUCAAUCUCAGACCCGUCUCGUGACGUCGAAAUGCAACCUAUCUACUCGGUUCCGCUCGACAAGCUGCCAGAGCCGUAUAAGCCCGAAGAGCCCCUGAAUGGCCGUACAGCUUGGCUGCAGGCUCUGGCAGGGUUCCUCGUGGUGUUCAACUGCUGGGGCAUCACGAAUGCCUACGGCCUCUUCCAAGCGUACUACGAGCAGUACUACCUCUCCGGCACAAGCGCCUCGUCAAUCGCCUGGAUAGGAUCGACUCAACUCUGCCUCGUCUUCAGCCUCGGCGUGCCCAUAGGUCGUCUCGUGGACAAAGGAUACUUCAAGGAAGUCUUCCACUCUGGCACCUUCGUUAUCUUUCUCGGGCUCCUCAGCACAGCCUUUUGCAAAACUCUCCCCACCCUCUGGCUCACGCAAGGCCUCCUCACCGGGAUCGGAAUGGGUAUGGUGUUCUGCUCAGGGCUCGUAGCGAUGAUGACGUGGUUCGAUGAGAAGCAUCUGAGCAUGGCCAUGGGGCUCUGUGCCGCAGGCAGCUGCGUUGGCGGGAUCGUGUACGUCCUCGUCGCCAGGUCGCUGCUCAUGUCCCAAGGCUUCCGCACGACUAUGCUCGUGUUGAUGGCCAUUGAGGCGGUGACUAUGCUCCCCGCCAACCGCAUCUUCCGCAUGCGUGGCCAGAAACACAGAGACAGCCGUCUCGGGCACCGCAUCUCCCGAGUCGCACCCCCAUCGCCAACCCGUCGUCGAGGCUGGCGCACCUUCACCGAAGCCUCCUACCUCCUCGUCGCCGGCGGCAUGUUCUUCUCCUUCAUGGGCGUCUACUUCGGCUUCGUCUACAUCAUCUCCUACGGCGGCAAAGUCCUCCACAUGUCGCACACAGGCGCCACGAACCUCCUCAUCUUCAUGCUCCUAGCAAACCUCCCCGGCCGCUUCCUCCCCGCUCUGAUCAGCGACAAGUGCAUCGGGCCACUCAACACCAUCAUUCCAAGCCUCUUCCUCAGCAGCGGCGUCGUCUGGCUCUGGGCCGCGAGCACCCCCAACACCGCCGCCCUAACGGUCAUAGCGUGCUUCUACGGCUUCGUCAGCGCGGGCGUGCAAGUGUUGUAUGCGCCGACGAUGUACUCGUUCUGCGUGGAGAGACAUGGUGAUGGGGAGGAAGUCGGGACGGAUAAGAUUGGUAUUAGGGCUGGGGGCAUCUCAACUUGUAUUGGACUGGCUUGUCUUAUUGGGACGCCGAUUGGCGGUGCGUUGAUUUCUCGGAGGAUGGAUAGGGGGUUGGGGCAGCCGUUUCUGGGGGCUCAGAUCUUUGCGGGCGUGUGUUUGCUGUUGGGCGGGUUUUUGCUGUUGGGCAGUCGAGUUGCUAAGGCUGGAUGGGCGCCGAAAAGGGUGUGA